AUGGCCAAGGAAAAUAUUCCGUGCGAGACAGUGGUUCUACCCGAUCUAGAGAUCAGUGCUGAGCCUAUAGAGAAAGGCGGCGCUUCAGCGACUAUCCGUGGGUGCGCCCAGGUACUCGGAGCUUUCUUUGUAUGCUUCAACGUUUGGGGAUUGAACUUCGCAUUUGGAUCAUUCCAGAGUUUCUACGCUCUCACAUUCAUCCCGUCAACCACAGCAUCUGCCAUUUCCUGGAUCGGGACUAUCCAGUCAUGGCUGUUAAUUGCCGCCGGACUCAUCUCUGGACCUCUCUUCGACAUGGGCUUUUUCCGCUCCAUGGUGGUCAUCGGUACCUUUUUCUCGGUGCUGGGAUUUAUGAUGCUCAGCCUCAGUCAUGAGUAUUAUGCGAUCUUCCUGAGUCAAGGAGUCACGAUGGGUUUGGGGUUUGGUCUGCUCUAUGUCCCCACUGUUGCCUUGAUCAGUCGAAGAUUCUCUCGGAAUCGCGCUGUUGCCCUUGGAGUGGCUACCAGUGGAGCUCCAGCGGGCGGAAUCAUCUACACUCUUAUCUUCAAUCAGCUCAUUGUGGGCAUGGGCUUCGCUUGGACUGUUCGGAUCAUGGCCUUCAUUAUGCUGGCGCUUUUUGUGCUCGCAGGCCUGCUUCUCGCAUCAGAGGCGAAUCUGCCAACCAACCAGUCGGCGGAUCAGCGGCGCCGACUCUUUGACAAUCGAGCACUGCGAGAUCUUCCAUUUUGGAGUUUCACGGCCUCGAACUUCUUGAUCUAUCUCGGGUACAUCACGCCGUACUAUUACAUACCUACCUUUGCGCAAACCCAACUUCACGCAUCGCGCUCUACAGGCUCGUACAUUCUGAUGGGCUCACAAGCAGCUUCGAUAGUGGGUCGCGUUUUGACCACGGUUUUUGCACAUCGAUUUGGUUCGAUGAUCUCCUGGGUCAUUUGCUGCAUCUUAUCAGGUAUCCUUUGCCUGGCUUGGAUCAGUGCAGACAGUAUACUUCGCUUCGUUCUGUUCGUGGCCUUUUAUGGGGCUAUUUCCGGUGCUCUGGUACCACUGCCUCCGAGUGUAUUUCCUCAUGUCUGUCCGUAUCCCGAAUCGCUCGGCACAUGGCUAGGAAUGGCCCAAAGCAUCAGUGGCUUUGCAUCGUUGAUAGGUCCACCGAUUGCUGGAGCACUGGCAUCGAUCAAUUCGAAGGGCAGUGCAGAUUUGAACUUUCUGGGUAUUCAGCUGUUCAGUGGAAUCACAAUGACCGUGGGCGCUUUUUCUUUACUUUUAUUGUGGUAUCUGCUGUACAGUCAACGAGGAAAGACAGGGUUAUUCUAA